AUGUCAAACUCCGCAUCUCGCCUUCGCAAGAUACUCAAAACCCAGAAAACUGCUAAACUCUCACCUCAAAAUACUCCUAAGUUAGGUUCCGCACUACCCAUUUCAAUCAAGGCUCUCGCCGAGGAACUCGACCUCGACGAGCUUGCGAAAAAGAUUAACCAUAAUGCAACUUUAUCCUCAAAGUUUCGUAGUCGCCACAACAUUUACGACUUUACGAUUGCUCGUCUCGCCAAUGCCAAGCGAUAUAAUCUGAUCGAAGAUAUACUUGACACACAUAAACAUUUUCAGGAUAUUUCCCGCGAAGGCUAUGCGCUUCGUCUCGUUUCGCUGUAUGCCAAAGCUGGGAUGUUUGAUCAUGCACUUAAGCUGUUCGACGAAUUGCCUGAACUAGGUUGUCCUAGAACUGUUAAAUCUUUUAAUGCCCUUUUGAAGGCUGCGGUGGAAUCUAAGAGAUUUGAUGAGGUUUUCACUCUUUUUCAAGAGGUUCCGGCUGAUUUGGGGAUUAGUUGUGAUGUUGUUUCGUAUAAUACUUUGAUUCAUGCUCUUUGUGAAGUGGGGAAGCUUGAUGAAGGGUUGUUGAUGAUUGAUGAGAUGAGGGCGAAGGGAGUGAGCCCAAGUGUGGUUACGUUUAAUACGCUUCUUGGCGCGUUUUAUAGGGAGAGGGGUUUCGAGGGAGGUGAAUUGAUUUGGGGUAUAAUGGAUGAAUAUGAUGUGGUUCGGGAUGUUCGAAGUUAUAAUUUGAAGUUGCAGGGUUUGGUUGAUGAAGGCGAGCUUGAAAAGGCGGUUGCUUUGUUUGAAUCAUUGGAGAGUGAAGGGUGUAAACCGGAUGUGGGUACUUUUAAUGUGUUCAUAAAGAAAUAUUGUGAUGAAGGAGAUAUAGAAGAAGCUAAAAGGUGGUACUAUGUGUUGCUUGAAAGUUGUGUUCCCCCGAAUAGCAUUACAUUUUCUUACCUUGUUCCGAAGUUCUGUGAUGAUGGAGAAUAUGAAUUGGCAUUCGAAUUGUGCAAGAAGAUGUUCAAGCGGCAGUUUGUGGUUGAUGAGGCUCUGUUGCAGCUUGUUAUCAAUGGAUUGGUGAAGGAAUCGAAGAUUCAAGAAGCCGAGGAACUUGUAGAGCUAGGGAAGUCUAAUAGCUUUGUUCAAUAUGGUUUGGUGAUACCUUCAGAUAACACAGAGAAGCAAGAACAGAACAACUCGCUGUGA